AUGACUGAUGGAAAGCCUAACCAUGAGCAGAAGGAGUUGAAGGAACAGUAUUACAGAAAACAGGACAAGCAGGUAGCAGAACAUUCCUUGUACAACCAAUACGAGGAAAAGAUCCGACCCUGCAUUGAUCUCAUCGACAGCCUAAGAGCUCUCGGAAUAGAAAAAGACCUGGCUUUGCCCGCGAUCGCAGUGAUCGGAGACCAGAGCUCUGGGAAAAGCUCCGUCCUAGAAGCCCUGUCUGGUGUUGCUCUUCCUAGGGGCAAUGGUAUUGUUACUCGAUGUCCCUUGGAACUUAAACUGAAAAGAACACCUGCGACCCAGGCAUGGAAAGGGAAAAUUUGUUACCGCGACAUCAGCAUAAAUCUCCACAAUGCCUCUGAGGUGGAGACAGCAAUAAAAGAAGCCCAGAAUAUUGUGGCUGGUAUUAGAGGUGCCAUUAGUGGAGAACUAAUUUCCCUAGAAAUUUGGUCCCCAGACGUCCCAGAUCUGACACUAAUUGAUCUUCCUGGAAUUGCCAGAGUGGCCGUGGGGGAUCAGCCAAAAGACAUAGGGCAACAGAUCAAAAUGCUACUUAAGAAAGUUAUUGGCUGCAGAGAGACACUCAAUUUGGUAGUGGUGCCAUGUAAUGUGGAUAUUGCAACAACAGAAGCACUGAAAAUGGCUCAAGAGGUGGACCCCAGUGGAGAAAGGACACUAGGGAUCCUCACAAAACCUGACCUGGUGGACAGAGGAACCGAAGAGUCUAUCGUUAACAUAAUACGAAACCUGGUCAUCCCCCUCAAAAAAGGUUACAUGAUUGUGAAGUGUCGUGGGCAGCAGGACAUCCACAACAAACUGUCCUUGGCUGCUGCAAUCCAGCAAGAGAGAAAAUUCUUCGAGACUCACAGACAUUUCAGCAUUCUUUUGGAAGAAAGAAGGGCUACUAUUCCUCAUCUGGCAGAGAAGCUCACAAAUGAACUUGUGAGACAUAUUCUUAAAACUGUGCCAACACUAGAGAGCCAAAUACGCGAGGUGCUCCAAAGAACGUUACAGGAUCUACAAAGGUAUAGAAGAGGUACACCCAGAAUAGAGUCUGAGAAGCUGAUUUUCCUCACAGAUAUGAUCAAACUCUUUAAUCAUGACAUCUCUCAAACAAUGUGUGGAGAGGAACAGUUGUUUGGAAAUGAAGUCAGACUGUUUUCAAAGAUCCGCAGAGAGUUUCAAACAUGGGCAGUGAUUCUCCAAGACUGUGCGACAAACG